AUGAAAAAUGAUCAUAUGAAAAAUCAUUCCUCUCACCAGUAAUAAAACACUAUUAAUACCCACCAAACUUCAUAGCCAAAUUAAUAACCUUUAUCCCCUCAUUCAAGUGGACCUAACCCAAAUACUACUCGUCUCCUUGAUAAACUAAAGCAAGAGUUAUCAUAGUGUAGGUAUAGAGGCAGUUUAGAUCCUGAAAAAGUCUUUAAAGGUCAUCCAAGCGUGUUUCUUCCUAUCAUUAAUUUCUUCUUAGUAACAUUUUCAAAGCCAGUUGCUUAAUAUAUCUAUGAGAAGGGUUAUGAAUUUUCAACUUAGAAUGAUUUUCAUUUCCUCACAAGUAUCUAUGAAAUCUUGAAUUAACUUUUCACCUACAAACCCCCUUUUACAAUCGACUAGUUCUUCGCUUAUGGAAACUGUGAGAGAAAACUUUAAUUUAUCCUGGAAAUCAUAUCACUUGUAAAAUCAAAGAAUGCAAUUCUAAACAAAAGAAGCAGCAGCUAGAAACCUAAGUCUGUGACUUUUAAAGAAGAGGAAGAAGCUGAAAAUUAAAAAAAUGCACAAAGGGAUAAAUAAAAUUAUCAAUCACAGCAACAAUAAUAGCAACAUUAGCAUAAUGGAACUCAAAACAAUAGCAAGUUGGAUAUUUACUCUACUAUUAAUCCUAAUACGAGGGGUAGCUACUAAAAAAAUGAGCUUUUUUAACAAGCCUAACCUCAGUUGUAGAAUCAGCAAAUUCAAAAUAGAGAGAGGUAAUCCUCUGGUUAGAGACCAAGAACAACUUAGCAUAAUUCAAAUAAUAUCGCUACCUCUUAAUCAUAAUAUUCGGAGCCUUCAGAAGAUAAGCACCAAAACGAGGCAGUCAUGAAAAGCCCUAAAUUUCAUGACUAAAGACCAUAAACAACUAGUUAUUAAUCUAGAUCAAGAUAAUAAUAGCCAUUGAGUACUCAAUAAAAUAUUAGUUAGCCAGGAAGCCAGUCUUCAUCUAUAAUGAUGAAACAUUUUACCGGUAAACCUCCAGUUAUAAGCAAAGCAUUAGGACAAAAUUAAACUUCAUCCGUAUCUUAGAAUCUCCAGUCAUCAAUUGUAGUCGUAAACAGUAAUAGUAUCCCUUCCUCAAGAGUUCAAAACCAGUAAAGAGAUUCAGCUGCUACAAAUGUUAGUACAUAUAGCAAGGGACCAAAUUAAUUAGGCUCACCAUCAGGAGGCUAAUAAAAGCAUAAAAAUUACACAAACCAUAUUGAGCCUGACCUCUAAACUAAAGUAUCUAGUCAGUAACUUAAAAAUAGAUUAGAUAAUUCGAACUUGAAGUCUAGAAAAUCUUCAACUAAUUAUCAGAAUGAAGAAAGUGGCGAGUAAAGUCAAAGAUCAUCAACUGACAGCCAUAACAAUUCAAAAAUUUUCUAAAAAUACAAUGAAAGACCCUCUAAUUUGAAUCAGUAGUAGUAGCAACAACAAUAGCAAACAAAGGUCUAUGAUUAAAUUCCUUAAUAGAACACCUAUAGAUAAGGUUCAAGUCCAAAUAAAGGUCUCUAAUCUUCACUUUUAGAUUCCUAAACCUCAUAAAUGGAGAAGCUCUCAAAGUAAAACUCAGAUUUAGCUGCUUUAAUUAGCGGACUUCAUGAGUAUAAAGAAAGAAUGCAUCGAAAGGAGUCAGGAAUGCGCUCAAAUUCUAAGAAAAGAGGAACUUCAGGAGGCAGAGCUGAUAAAGAAAACGAUUAGCACCCACCUAUAUCCCCAUCUCAUCAUGCAAGCAAUAAUUUAAAUAACUAUCAUCAGUAUUAAUAACUCUCGAGUAAUGUUGUUGGCUAUCAACAAUCUAGGCAAACAGCUAACUUCGGUGUAGCCUAAACUAAUCUGAUAAAUUAAAUGAUGGCUGACCAGCAAGUUAAAUUUGAAAAGUAACCAGGCUAGCAUAGCAAUAGAAACAAUGCUAAAAAUAGCAUCACCUUAUGCCAAUUAAAUGGAGGCUAAGAAUAUGAACAAUUAAAGACUUCAAUAGACACAACUAAAAAUGGAGGAGAGGUGAUCAAGCAAAAUAUUAAUCACACAGACGAGUAUAUAUAGAAGAUUGCUAAGAGCUUCGAACAGACCAAGUCCCUACUCAAUAAUAUAUAGAACUGA